AUGGGGUUUAUGAGACUGAAAGAAUUAAAGCAACGAGAAUUUGCUCGAAAUGUGGCUUCCAAGUCUUGGAAAGAUGAGAAGAAACAAGAAAAAGCACUUAAGCGACUUCAUCAAUUAGCUGAGUUAAGGCAGCGGUCUGAAUGUGCUUCUGGAAAUGGACCAGCAUACAAAGCCCCCAGAAUAGCCAUGGAAAAGCAACUCCAGCAGGGAAUUUUCUCAGUUAAGAAUGGCAGAAAGGUAUCAUGCAUGAAGAGUGCUCUUCUCCCUAAGGGAAAGAAUCUCCCUAGAAGCACUUCAGAUAAGCAGAGAUUUGCCAUGCCAAAUCGACACCAGUUACUCUCAGACAGACGAUAUUUGUUUGGAAAUCGAAUACCACAAACAUCCUCAGAUCUCAGCAACGCAAAUCACCGGACAGGAGUAUCAUUUUCAUUUUCAAAAAAAGUGCAUCUAAAAUUAGAAUCUUCAGCAUCAGUUUUUAGUGAGAACACAGAAGAAACCCAUGAUUGUAACAAGUCACCCACCUAUAAAACAAAACAAACUAUAGAGAAAUGCAAAUGCUGCCGGUUUGCAAAUGAGGAUACACACCUUACUAAGAAAGAUGUAAACAUCUCUUCAAGCCAUCUGGAGAGUGUUUUAAACAACACCUUCUCCAUGAGUUCUAAAAUUUUGCAAGACAAAAAUGAAUCUUUUAAUGAGACACUUGAAGAUUCUAUUGGCAUUCCUGCUUCUUUCUCUAAAUCUAACAGUCAUCUUUCAGAUGUAGAUUUUACUCCUCCCAGCAGAGAGGAGACCAGAAAUACAUUAAGGAAUGCUUCAAAAGACAGCAUUAACCACCCAGGCCAAGCAAAUGCUUCCUCCAGCCCCCCAAACAUUUACAAGCAUCUUGAUGCCAGGAUAUGUGAAUGUCUGGAUAAAAUUUCAUCACCAAGGCCAAGUGAAGAAAAUAAUAGAGUAUAUUUGAAUCUUAAUUCCAGAAUGGAGAACAGAGAAAAAAUUUUAAAUGAAACAGAAAGAGUUAAUAAAAAUGUACAAAGACUUCUAAGAGAAGGAUGUCAACAUGAUGUGACAUCCAAACCAUUGCCUUUUCUCCAUGUACAAAGCAAAGAUGGUCACACCACUCUCCAAUGGCCUACAGAACUUUUGCUCUUUACAAAAACAGAGCCCUGUAUCUCUUAUGGCUGCAACCCACUAUAUUUUGAUUUUAAACUUCCUCGGAACACAAAGGAUGGUCAAAAUCCAGACGAGUUAAAAAUGGAAUUGGGUAAGGAGGCCUUGGAAAUAAGGACAGAAACAAAGAGCCAAGUCUCAGGUUUAAUCAAAGACCAGCAAAAGUUGAUCCAAGAAGAUAAUCAGUCUUUGAAACCAAAGAUGAUGAUAGCUAAUCCAGAUUGGGAAAAUUUCCAGAGAAAAUAUAAUUUGGGCUACAAUGAAUCUGAGCCAAGUAAGAGUGAACAUAAUUUUAGUGCAAGUAAUUUGAAAUUGAAAAAUCCUGAAGUGCCUACUUACAUUGAUAUGUCUCUAAAGGAUUGUGUAAGAAAGAAUAUUUGUGAUAAUGAACUUAAGGAAGCUUCCAAGGCCCACUGGAAAAGUUGUGGAAAAGUAGUUCUAAAUGAUACUAAGGAGGGCUUAUCCUUUCCUACUCACAUCUCUAGGACUAAAAAGCAUAAAAUGAUCCCCUGCAAUCCCCAUUCAGAGUUUGAAGAUGGAAAUCAGUUUACCUGGAAGUCUAGUCCUUAUAUAGCAGGGGCUCACAGUGACUUUGGGAAGGACUUGAGUGUAAUUUUCAAUAGCAACAAUAUCAAUAAGAAUAGCAGUGCUUCUAGAUAUAAAAACCAAAGUUAUAGCAGGUGUUCUCCAAAGUCCUCUCUGAGUGGACGUUCUAGCCCUUUAAACACAACUGCUGGCAGUGUGUCCAGCUUGAGAAGCACUUGUUCAAGUCAUAAAUCCAAUAGUCAAGACAGUGGUAAUUUGCUCUACAUUUGUGAAAGAAAACACAAAUCGGUUUUAAGGCACAAAUGGAAACAAAGAAAACAUAACUGUGCCUGUUUGUCUGAUGAGACAACAAAUAGUUUCUGUCUACACUCUGAAACACAGAGAGAUAGGAACUGUAAAUUGUGGGACUUAUUUAAAAAUAAAGAGUACUCAAAACAUAGAUGUUGUCACUUUAGAGAAAGACAUAAACUGGGUGAAACUCAUCAAUUUUUAGGGUCCAAAUCCAAAAGAAUCAUCCAUUGUUAUGCUAAUUCACAGGUUUCUUGUGCUGGAAACAGUGAAAAAGCACCAAUUUGCAGGGGUUCUUACUCAAGAGAGAGAACUUUUUAUUUAAAUAAAAGCAAAAAAAGUCAAGAAUCUUUGACCAAUCCUUAUAUUUGUGAUCUGGGAAAGGUGAAGCAUAGGCAGUGUAACUCAGAGACUAUAAAUUGUCUUCUAAGAAACUGUUCCGGUGGUCCUUCAGAAACCACACAGUCAAAUAGUAUAGAAAGAGAGAGGACCCCUCUGACAGCUAAAAGACUUUUAGAAAGAGUACAAGCCAAGAAAUGUCAGGAGCAAACAACUAAUUUUCAGAUUUCUUCAAGCAGUUGUAAAAAUGAAUCAGAGACUCAUUCACAAAUCCAAUGCACAAUUCAACUUGUAGCACCAGACUGUAACAGACCAUCAUUGCCUUUGUCAGAGAAAAGACAAUGUAUAAGUAAAAGAAGAAAUGAUAAGGCCAAUACAAUUCAAAGGACUACUGAGAAAGACAAAAGCUCACAGACAAAUAAUUUUACUCCUUUAGCAGACAAUUAUUGUGAUAACCAUCUAUCUAAAGGUAUAAUUCAUGCAGUAGCAGAGCCUCAGUCAGUAAACAGAAAAAAGAACCUAACAACAAAAGAACAAUCAAAACCUCUAAUUAGUGAAGUCCAACCUUUUAUUCAAAGCUGUGACACAGUACCAAAUGAUUUCCCUGGUGCUUUUCCAUCUAAUAGAUAUACUGGUAUAACUGAUUCAACAGAGACCAAAGAGGACCAAAUAAAUCUAGACAUGCAGGAUGUAAGCACGCAUAUGAAUCAUGCAGAGGGGAAUAGAAACACUUACUAUGACAGAACUAUGCAGAAGCAUGACAAAGUGGAAGAUGAAUUGGAAUUGUGUCAUAAAUCUUUCUCUCCCCCUUUAAUUCAACAGCCCAUCACAUUUUCUCCUGAUGAAAUAGAUAAAUAUAAGCUUCUACAGCUGCAAGCCCAGCAGCAUAUGCAGAAACAGCUCCUGUCGAAGCAUCUUCGAGUUUUGCCUGCUGCAGGUGCCGCUGCUUUCUCUCCAGCCUCAGCUGUUCAGACGGUUCCAGUCCACCAGCACGCGUCCAUCACCACCAUCCACCACACUUUUCUGCAGCAUUUUGCUGUUUCUGCCUCCCUAAAUUCCCAUAGUAGUCACCUCCCUGUAGCUCAUCUGCAUCCCCUGCCACAGCCACAUUUUACUCCCAUCUCAUUUUCAACCCUGACUCCAACCAUUAUUCCUGCACACCCCACUUUCUUAGCUGGUCAUCCCCUGCAUUUAGUCUCCACUGCCCCUUUUCACCCAUCUCACUUAACACUUCAGCCCCUGCCUCCUGCAGCAUUUAUCCCCACAUUGUUUGGCCCGCACUUAAAUUCAGCCACAGCUUCUAUCAUCCACUUGAAUCCUUUAAUCCAACCGGUGUCCCACGGUCAAGAUCUUUGCCAUCACUCUUGCUCCAGUCAGAUGCAACAUUUAAAUGGAGUGAAAGAGGCCUUAAAUGUAUCAGCACACUUGAACUCAUAG